CUGCGCUUCUCUCACAGAGGAUCUGCACAAUAAUGGAGUCACAUCAUGCAGCAGGUCUCAGUGUUUGCAGCAGAGCUUUCAGGCCAGCAGACAUCAGGCUGAGAGCUCAUUUAAACUGAGGAUCUGUCAUUGACUGUAACGCUUCCUCUUCUUUUUUUUUUAUAAAUUCACAGCACAAGGACUUCUUUCAUAUAUUUUCUGCGUCAUGUCUUUUUAUGUCGUCUGACUUUUUCCGUGUUUUGAUGUUUAUGUGAGGGGGAUUAACGGGCCCACCAUGGUUUUUCCAACAUAAAUCAACAUUUUUUUCCCUAUGUUUCAGUGCAGACUGCUUUCUGUUUACCUAUAACAGGGGAUGGGAGGAUCUCAUUGGGUAUAUAUAUUUUUUUUAAAGCUGUAACUAGAUUUUGUGGAAGUGGUUAUGGGCCAGUUUUUCGCUCCACAGAUGGGUCUUUGGGAGGUGAAAGCACGGGAACCAUGCAGCUCCAGAUAAAGUGAACAGCUCAGGUUUUUGUUUGGAGGAUUUGCGACAUGGGCUGAGCUCCAGUGAGGACUCUUUUCCCCUAAAAAAGCGAUUGAAUUGUUCGAGGAUGGACGACGGAAAACGGAGACGGAUAAAACUCCAACUUAUCGGUUAGACUGUAAUUAAAUAUCUUCACACGCGGAAAGCGCGCACGCACCGGCACGGGACAACACCGGAGUCCCCGAGCGCACCAGACCGGGAUUAAAGUCGCACUAAAUUUGAGUUUUUCACAGUGGAGCUUGGUUGUAGUGAUACAUCAGUUCGGCGUGUAGAAGCAGUUUUUCUAGUACUGAUUUUUCUCCUUAAAGUUGUUGCUUUUAGAUUGAAUAAGUUAAACUGAGACUCUAGAGAAUAAAGGAGAAUGUGUCUUUAUGUGUGCGGUGUUAAAAUAUGGAGGCGCAUGUAUGAACAAUGUUAUAAAAUCACCUUAGAAUAAACCUAAAGUCAGCAGAUGUGGGUUUCUUUUGCCACAGAAAGUGGUUUUGACCAAAAUAGCCUGCUAGAACUGGAUAUUGGAUCUUUUGGGCUUUUGUAGGGUUUUGGAGACAUCGCUUUUAAAGUUUAAACCACUUUACGCACAUAUUUCUUCACCCGAGGUUUAGAGACUCCGCUGUAGCCACGGUGACCUCAGGGAGUAUCUCAGUCCCUCCGUCUCCUCACCGGACAAUGUGGCUCCCCCGCCUCGCGCUGCUCCUGCUGCUGCUCCGGUUCUCCGGUGUGUUGCUGGUGGAGGGGAUCAACACGUGCCAGUCCAUCAACCUGGACAAGCAGAAGUCCCGCCGCAUCGAGGCGGUCCGCGGCCAGAUCCUCAGCAAGCUGCGCAUCCGCAGCCCGCCGGACGAGGACGAGGACCCGCCGGCGGGCUCGGUGCCCCCGGAGGUCAUACUGCUCUACAACAGCACGCGGGAGCUGCUGAAGGAGCGCGCGCGUCUGGCCGAGUCCGCGUGCGAGCGCGAGAGCAGCGAGGAGGACUAUUACGCCAAAGAGGUGCAGAGGAUCGACAUGCUGCCCCCCCGCACAGACACAAAUGCGGUACAGCCGGCAGCCCCCAACCCCCACUACAGAGUCGUCCACUUUGACGUCAGUGGAGUGGACCUGACCAACAGCACCCUGGUCAAGGCUGAGUUCAGGAUCUUCAGAGCUCCCAACCCGCAGGCCCGGGCCUCAGAGCAGAGAGUGGAGAUCUAUCAGCUGCUGAAGCCAGAUGAGGAGAGCACCUCCACUCAGCGUUACAUUGAUUCCCGCACCGUCCAACCCAAAGCAAAGGGAGCCUGGAUCUCUGUGGAAGUCACCGAAACCAUUAAGGAGUGGGUGUCAGAUCCAGAGAAUAAUCUUGGCCUAAAGCUGGGCGUCCACUGUCCCUGCUGCACCUUCGUCCCUUCCACCAACAACAUCAUUCCCAACAAGAGUGAGGAGCUGGAGGCUCUCUUUGCAGGUGUGGACGAUGAGAGGCUUCGUCAGAUGAGAAAGCCCGGGCAGGUUAAAGGCCAGGCAGAUUUCAGCACCAAGACGCCACACCUCAUCCUCACCGUGCUGCCCAGCGACCGAGUGGACAACCCGGCCAAGAAGAACCGCAAGAAGAGGGCGGCCGCCACAGACACCACAACCUGCUCCCGCGGCUCGGAGCAGGGCUGCUGCCUGCGCUCGCUCUACAUCGACUUCAGGCGUGACCUCAACUGGAAAUGGAUCCAUGAGCCCAAAGGUUACAAAGCCAACUUCUGUGCCGGCAACUGUCCGUACAUCUGGAGUGCCAACAACCACUAUAACAUGAUCCUGCCCCUGUACAACAAGCUGAACCCUGAGGCCUCCGCCUCGCCCUGCUGCGUUCCUCAGGACCUGGAGCCCCUCACCAUUAUGUACUUCAUAGGCCGCACGCCACGUGUUGAGCAACUCUCCAACAUGGUGGUCAAGUCCUGCAAGUGCCGCUGAGUUCGGAGGAAGAAGAGGUGAAUGAUAACAGGACCAGAACUACAAACUGGCUUUGUUCGGGGGGGAAAUAAAGACGAGAGGACAGACGGAUCCUUCGUUCAUUAAUCUUCGCUGUUUGAUCACCUUUAGCAGACUUUUGAGAUGUUUUAUUUUUACGCUUCCUGAUUCAAAUAUCAGGAUUUUGCUCCCAUUCUUUACAGGCAUGAAAACUUCAUUUUUCUUGAUUCUCUGGAACUUUCCGUUUCAUAUAGGACAGUGUAAAUAUGACAACGUAGCUGUAUUAAACCUGUACUUGGAUAUUAAACGGGGUUUUU